GCGGGUUGCCCGGGAGACGACCCCUGCGGGUGUCUGGAUCCCUGCGGAGUAGCGUCUCCGGGAAGACGGUGGACAGACCCCGGGCUGUCUCUGCCAUGAUUCCCGGGAGGUACCGCUCUGUGUCUGGCCGGACCGCCAACAACGUGAACUGUGGGCUUCAUCUGGUUAUUCAGACAUCAUCACUUCCUGAGAAGCACAAAGUUGAAUUCAAGCUAAAUAGAGAAACACCAUCGUUCCCUGGUAGACUCUUACAACAUGACCUUGAAAGAAACUACUCAAGUAGGCAAGGUAUUGUCAGAGAUGGAAGAAUAAUAAGCCCUUCGGCUCGUAGCAAAUCAUCAUACAUCUCAUCCACAACAAACGUGACAGAACUGUGUGGGCUGGACGUGAAAACUGCUACGAGCUCCUUGUCAGCAUUCGGAGAUUCUUCCACGCAGACACCUUCCAAGGCCAGGAUCCGGCAGGGCUGUCAUAGCGCUGGCCCCAAUGUGUCUGGUGACCACAUUAACCUGGUGAGCUCCUCCAUGCCGUCGUUUCCUGUUCUCCACCGUCCUUCUGAAGAGAAGGUUCUUUAUUCAGAUAGGCUGACCCUAGAAAGGCAAAAGUUGACUGUGUGUCCUAUCAUCAAUGGGGAAGAACACCUUCGUCUGUUGAACUUUCAACAUAAUUUUAUAACUCGGAUCCAGAAUCUUUCUAAUCUGCAGAGGCUGAUCUUCUUGGAUUUAUAUGAUAACCAGAUUGAAGAAAUUAGUGGACUUUCUACUCUGCGAUCCCUCCGUGUCCUUCUGUUGGGGAAAAACAGAAUCAAGAAAAUCUCUAAUCUAGAGAAUCUAAAAAACUUAGAUGUUUUGGACCUUCAUGGAAACCAGAUUACCAAAAUUGAAAAUGUCAGUCAUUUGUGUGAUUUGAGAGUUUUAAAUCUUGCCAGGAACCUUCUAAGUCACGUCGAUAAUCUUAACGGGCUGGAUUCACUGACGGAACUUAACCUGAGACACAAUCAAAUCAGUUUUGUGAGAGAUGUGGAUAAUUUGCCCAGCCUCCAGCGUCUGUUCCUCAGCUUCAACAAUAUAUCCAGUUUUGACAGUGUUUCCUGCCUUGCCGAUGCUACUUCCCUCUCGGACAUAACUUUUGAUGGCAAUCCAAUAGCGCAAGAGUCAUGGUACAAACACACCGUCCUGCAGAACAUGAUGCAGCUGCGCCAGCUGGAUAUGAAGAGAAUCACAGAAGAAGAAAGGCGUAUGGCUUCUGUCGUAGCCAAAAAAGAGGAAGAGAAGAAGCGGGAGAGUCACAAGCAAUCUUUGCUCAAGGAGAAGAAAAGGUUAACAAUUAACAACGUAGCACGGAAGUGGGACUUGCAGCAGCGAGGAGCCAAUAUUGCUACAAAUCCAGAGAGGAGAGAUUGUGACCCCUCUUCCCAGGACCCCUGUCAGAUGGACGGGAGCACCGUCUCCACGCUGCCAGAGGAAUCAGGGUCUCUCGACUCAGGGCUCACCAGCGCUGUGCAAGGCCUGUGCAUCACAGACACACACCUGGUGGAAGUGGACGGGGACACGCUCUCCCUCUAUGGCUCAGGAGCGCUGGAAUCCCUGGACCGGAACUGGAGUGUUCAGACCGCAGGAAUGGUCACAACCGUCUCCUUUACCUUCAUAGAGUUCGAUGAGAUUGUGCAAGUGCUUCCCAAACUGAAGAUGAAGUUUCCCAACUCUCUGCACCUUAAGUUCAAGGAGACCAAUCUCGUCAUGCUGCAGCAGUUUAACGCGCUGGCACAGCUCCGUCGCAUUGACCAGCUCACCAUCGACCCUCAGGGGAACCCCGUGGUCCAGUUUACACUCUGGAAAUACUACGUCCUGUUUCGGCUCAGCCAUUUCAGUAUGCAGAAAAUAAACGGAGCAGAGGUGACCCAGAACGACCUGAUCAUGGCCGAGCGGCUGUUUGGGAUCCUCGCACACGUGGCGUCCUCUGAGCUGCCCCAGUACCGUCUGAUUUCCAUUCUGGGUGACGCCAGGAAAAAGCAGUUCCGGUAUCUACUAGAAACCAAAGGAAAAAAGCCUGGCAUCGUCAAUGAAGAAAAUAACGACAGCAAAAGACUUGUAGGAGAAAAUACAAAUCGUGCGACACUAAAUUAUACCACAAGAGACUUUUAUAAUGAAAAGCUAGAGGAAAUAAAGGAGAAAAAGAAAUUCUGCAAGGUGUACGUCGAGGACCUUGUGAAGGGAGCCACGGAAAUCAACAUGAAAAACGAGGCCCUGCAGAAGCUCUGGCCCCAGAUGUUCAUUGAGCUGGUGCGGGACGCGGUCAUGGAGAUCCGCGACAAGAACGCCUACAUGAAGCUCUGCCUGCAGCAGAUCGCUGGCUCCAAGUAGACGCUGGCCUCGGCCGGCCGGGCGCGCUUUGUGCGUGCGGCUUCAACGUGCUGAACCACUGCGCUCUCCGACAAACCAGACAGGCUCGCUAGCAUCACGCACUGCUGCCCGCUGCUCGCAGGGCUGUGGAGAGGGAGGGAGGGAGGGGUGGCUUCCCGGGCUCGCAGGCCAGGGGGUGGCUGGGCCCUCCGCUGGCGCCGUCCCUCCCCUUCCCGCCGUGCCCGGCCCCAGGCUGCGCCGCGCCUGAGGGUUCAGCAUGAGGCCUCCACACACUUUCCCCCAAGGCUCUCGCUUACUUGUCUUCUCAUUUUAUGUCUUGGUUUCAAAGCCAAAAAAAAAAAAAUGUUCUUUUCUAUGACUGAAGAAUAAACUUCUUAAUACAUUAGUUUAAGAAAAA